AUGGUUUCUGCUGGAGCCGGUUCCAGGACACGUGCCAGGCUUUUGCCAGAGGCGCGGGAAGCGCUGCUGACCGGACCGAAGACUACGGAGGAGUUGAAAAGGCUCAUCCAGCGCAAGCAUCCCACAGAAGAGAUCCGAGAGGAGGACCUCCUGGGUGUCCUUUCCAUGGAGGAGCUCGAUGCGCUGCAGGUUCGUGGUGUUUGGGUCCUUGCGCGCACCGGGACAGAGUCGCACGACAAGUUCCGCAAAACGUUGCUCUCGCUCUUCCGUCAUCGGGAUUCUGUCACUCGUCAGGAUGUGAUGGACGAGUAUCAGCAGACUUAUGGCGAGAGGUGCAAGUUGAGUGACUAUGUUGUGCGACAGCAACUGCGGGAAAUUGCUGAGAAGAUGGAGGAUGGCAAUCAGACCAUUUACGUUGUGAAGGGUGCGUUGCAGACCCGGUAG